AGAGCGGUGGUCGAUUUUGGCCAAACAACGCCGCGGCUUUCGCGCAAUUAUCCACUGUUAUCGUCCUCUCCCGCGUCUCUCUCUCUCUAAUGUAACUCACACGGCUCCGUGUAAACGUUCGGCGAUUGUUGAUGCCGUUGUUUUGGGGGCGGUGGUUCGGUUCGUUCGCCGUGUGCCGUGUGCCGCGUGCGUUUUGGCAGUGACUUGGGGUAGCCGUGGGUCGUUCUAUUUAAACGCAGCAGAUCAACGUCGCGUUAAGAAAACAUUGCGGCGAGAUCGCUUACACUGACUCUUCACUUGUACUAUACGCCGAUCACCAUUUCCUGCCACCAUGGUUCUGGAUGAGCUAACCAGUGCAGCAAAUGCAUUCAACAUAUUCUCACAGCUAGACCUCUCUGCCAACAGCCCAGCCACCACAUUGCGAAUUCUCAUGUUUAUGGAAGAACAAUUACAGAUCACUAUGGUGUAUGGUAUCCUUAUUGGUGCUGCGGUGGCUUUGCUCGUAAUUGCUGUGGUCAUUUUCUUUGUCUACAAAAAACUCAAGCAGAGAUACCUUCAAAGGCAAGAUGUUCCAAGGUAUAGAUUUCGCAAGAGAGACAAAGUCAUGUUUUAUGGUCGCAAGAUCAUGAGGAAGAUGUCUCAGUCAACCUCUGCACUGGUGGAGAAUGCUACGACAAGCACACAGAGGAGUCGUCUCAGAAAAAGACAGAAGGUCCUCAAUUUGGCGAAAAAAAUAUUGCGCUUUAAAAAGGAGCUGCCAACGCUACAGCCGAAGGAACCACCGCCAGCUUUGCUAGAGGCUGACCUGAGUGAGUACGAGGUGUCCGACUCAAGGCUGCCCUCCGAGGUCCUCUACAUGCUGAAGAACGUACGGGUGCUUGGUCACUUUGAGAAGCCCCUUUUCUUGGAGCUGUGCAAGCACAUGGUGUUUGUGAAGUUCCAUGAAGGAGAGCACAUCUUCCGGCCAGGGCAGCCAGAUGACUCUAUAUAUGUGCUGCAGGAUGGCCUGUUGGAAGUGUGCAUCACCGAGAAUGAUGGAACAGAGGCUGUGGUCAAGGAGGUACACCCAGGGGACAGCGUGCACAGUCUGCUCAGCAUUCUGGACGUAAUCACAGGUUACCCAGCACCUUACAAGACAGUGUCCGCUCGGGCAGCUGUUAACUCAACGGUUCUUCGUCUUCCGGCAGAAGCCUUCCAGUCCGUCUUCCAGAAGUACCCAGAGACCCUCGUCCGAGUUGUGCAGAUUAUUAUGGUGCGCUUACAACGAGUGACUUUCCUGGCUCUUCACAACUACUUGGGGCUCACCAACGAACUCUUCAGUGCAGAAUGUAAAAAGAUGUCAAAAAAGGAGAGUCAAGCCAUCCCACUGUCUAACGUGGGCAGCCUGUCUCCAAAGGCCAGUCCGGUGAGGUAUGGCAAGCGUGGCUCUGUCACCUCCCUGGGGACAGUAUCCGAACAGCCCACCAAGUCUUCCGAGCCCCAGCCCACACCAGCUGGCUCAGAGGGUGCAAAAAAUGCUGCUCAAGAGCGCAAUAGUCGCUUAAACAUAAGUCGUUCCAUUUCCAUGCCUGUGGAUAUCACAAGCACAGAUCACAAUCCCUCCAGUCCUUCCGCUUGCCCAUCCAAAGCAUCGCCUACAGACCUGGACAUGGCAUUUCAAAGAGCACGUAUUGGUACAUCUCCAGAGGAGGUGGUCCCCUCAGUGCCCGAAAAGCAGAUGGCAGUGCCAAAGGAUGGAGUCAAGGAGAAGCGGGUGACCGUGAUGGAGCUGCCCUCCAUAGUUCAUCAUUACCCGGCAUGCGUGGAGGGCGACGAUUUCGAAAUGAGUCCCAAAGAGGGCAAAAUUGAGGGCCAUAAUGUUGGUGGCUGGGGGGACCGAGACAAGAUGAACAGCAAGCUGGAAGCAGCCAAGAGAGACUUGCUAACUCUCGUCAAAUUGCAGGAUCCCUCACUGCUCAAUGAUCGGGUAACCUUGCACAAUGUGAAGGCUGGUGCGAUGGUGGCCCGGCAAGGAGAUCAGGAUGUGAGCAUCCACUUUGUGAUUUCGGGCUCACUUCACGUGUACCAGCGGCUCAUCGGCCGCGAGGAAGAGGUGCUGCUCUUCCUGGCUCACCCGGGAGAGAUCGUAGGGCAGCUGGCUGUGCUCACAGGCGAGCCUCUCAUCUUCACCAUCCGUGCUGUCAAAGACUGCACCUUCCUGUGCAUCUCCAAGGGCCACUUCUACGAGAUAAUGAGAGAAGAACCCAGUGUGGUGCUGAGUGUGGCGCACACGGUGGUUAAGCGGAUGUCCGCAUUUGUGCGACAAAUCGACUUUGCGCUCGACUGGGUGGCGGUGGAAGCGGGGAGAGCUGUUUACAGACAAGGAGACAAGUCGGAUAGCACGUACAUUGUGCUCAGUGGGCGACUGCGUUCGGUUAUCAGCAACGACAACGGAAAGAAGGAGCUGGCGGGAGAGUAUGGCCGCGGGGAUCUCAUCGGAGUGGUGGAGGCCCUCACGUAUCAACCACGGGCCACCACGGUGCAUGCCGUCCGUGACUCAGAACUGGCCAAGCUCCCAGAGGGGGCCCUCAAUACAAUAAAACGACGAUACCCUCAGGUGGUGACACGGCUCAUACAUCUUUUGGGACAGAAGAUUCUGGGAAACCUUCAGCAAGGGAAAGGACCUUUGGGAGGUGGUGGACUGGGCAUUGCCACGGUGCCAAAUAAUCUGGACAUGGUCGCAAACCCAGCCAGCAACUUGUCCACUGUGGCCAUCCUACCAGCCUCAGACGAUGCCCCCAUCACCACCUUCACGCUGGAGCUCAUGCACGCCCUCUGUGGUGUUGGUCCUCCACUGCUGUUGAAUAGUGACAUCAUCAAGGAGCGGUUAGGGCUGGCUGCCCUUGACAGCCUGCACGAGUACCGACUGUCAAGCUGGCUGGGCCAGCAGGAGGACAUCCACCGCAUCGUCCUGUAUCAGACCGAUAUCACCAUGACUCCGUGGACCCAGCGGUGCCUGCGGCAAGCCGACUGCAUCCUCAUUGUGGGCCUCGGGGACCAGGAGCCAACUGUUGGCAGCCUGGAGCGCAUGCUGGAGAGCACGGCCGUGCGAGCGCUGAAGCAGCUCGUGCUGCUGCACCGUGAGGAUGGGCCCUCCCCGGCACGUACCGUCGAGUGGCUCAACAUGCGCAGCUGGUGCUCGGCGCACUUGCACAUUCGCUGCCCCCGCAGAAUCUUCUCUCGCCGCAGCCUCCCGAAGCUGAGAGAAAUGUACCAGCGGUUGUUUGAGAAGAUCCCUGACAGACACAGUGACUUUUCACGUCUGGCCAGAGUGCUCACUGGAAACACCAUAGCACUGGUGUUGGGUGGUGGAGGUGCCAGGGGUUGCUCCCAGGUGGGCCUCAUUAAAGCCAUGCAGGACGUGGGCAUCCCCAUUGACAUGGUGGGAGGCACCUCCAUUGGCUCCUUCAUAGGGGCUCUUUACGCGGAGGAGAGGAAUGUGGGACGGGUGCGGACUCGUGCCAGGGAAUGGGCCAUGGAAAUGAAGUCGGUGUUCAGAAAAGUGCUGGAUCUUACUUACCCGAUCACCUCCAUGAUGUCAGGACAUGCUUUCAACCAAAGCAUUAGAAAUGUGUUCAAGGACAAGCAGAUCGAGGACCUUUGGAUUCCCUACUUUAAUGUUACAACUGACAUUACUGCCUCUACCAUGAGGGUGCAUACCGACGGCAGCGUGUGGCGCUUCGUCCGGGCUAGCUCCUCUUACGCCCCUUAUGUGCCCCCGCUCUGUCACCCUAGGGAUGGACACUUACUUGUGGAUGGCUGCUAUGUUAACAAUGUCCCAGCUGACGUGGCCCGGUCAAUGGGGGCCAAGACUGUCAUAGCCAUUGAUGUGGGCAGCAGAGAUGACACAGACCUCACAAACUACGGGGACUGCCUGUCAGGCUGGUGGUUGCUCUGGAAGAGAUUCAACCCCUGGGCUGAGAAGGUCAAGGUGCCGGACAUGGCAGAGAUUCAAUCGCGCCUUGCGUACGUGUGCUGCGUGCGGCAACUGGAGGUUGUGAAGAACAGCGACUACUGCGAGUACAUACGCCCACCAAUCGAUCGCUACAAGACCCUGGACUUUGGAAAGUUUGACGAGAUUUACGAGAUGGGCUACCAGCACGGCAAGACGGUGUUUGAAGCCUGGGAGAGAGGUGACGUCAUUGAAAACCUGUUGAAAGACGGACAGUCGGAGGACUUCUGCAAGAGCAAGAAGCUUGAUGCGCUUACAUGUCCAAAUGCCUCAUUCACUGAUCUCGCUGAAAUUGUGUCAAGAAUCGAACCAGUUAAGGUCUUGCCCUCCGUGGAAGACGAACGGGAUUAUGAUGCAGGCGAUGAGGGGCUGGAUGAGGAUUACCUCAGUUUCCAAGCAACCUUUCAUGCGGACGAGUCGGACAACCAGACAGACUACGAGGACGAGUGUGCGGACCAGCUGUUGGCUGCAGAGAUUGACGAUUGCCUUGCUGAACACGAGGAUAUGUUUGAAACGGACGAAGAGCAGCAACUGAGAAAAAGGAAUCCUCAUCAUCUCAGAGGUUUUACUGAAAACGAUGUUCAAUAGAGAAUUGCACUUAAGUGGAAGUGGUUUGUUUCAGCAAUGCAAGCAGUCGGGAAAUAUCGUGUGAAAUGAACAAAUUGGUGAGAAGUUAAAAGGAUCAAGAAAAAAAUAGCCUCACUUCUUUGAUUAAUGAACAUAAUGUUCAGCUCCGCCUUUUUUAUGUUAAUGUUUAUUUUGUAAUUUUUAUUUACUACUGAUUAGUCCUGUAACAAAUCGCACAGCUGUGUCUCUGAAAGGGUUAAUUAAAAGUACUGUAUAAAUGGAGUGGACAAAUCAUGCCAUUCCAGGGAUUUAAUGUCAGUGUACCUUUUAAGCCAAAUGUGCCUUAAUAUAGGUUGUCCAGAGUGUUCCCAUCAGGCAUUUAUACAAGUGGUAAUUGAAUAUUCUGUAGUAUCUGCUUGUAUUUCUUCUUGAUUGUCUUGAUGCACUUUGACGAGUGCACUCUGCAGAACCCAACAUGUCACAUUUGGCUCGUUGGAGAGAACUUUAGCAUAGCACUUGCGUGCAAAUGAUGCAAUGGGAAUGAUCAUUUGUGUUCGGCCACAAUUUGUCAAAAUCUAAUCAUGGAGAUUACGCUACCAAUGGGUAAUGCCAUUCGCACACACAUGUAGACAAGCGUGCACUCAUUACAUUUCAAAUCCCAAGUUUAAUAAAACAUCAGGGGCAUAGUGAAUAGAGAUGGUGAAAUACUACUGUAGAGUAGUGUUCAGAAAGGAUCAGGGCUACCCAAUCCGUUCCCAUCAUUUUUUCCGCCUUCAGUCUGUUGUGCUUCCACGCACCUCCGAUUAGCACGGUUGGCUUCGUACGGUGCGAAAGAAGUUCAACGUACAUCGUGUGGAACCCAGUGAGUGUAAUUGGAAAACAAGCACAUGUUACGCGCUUUUAUGAAGGCACUGUGUGUGUGGUAAGCCCCAUGUUGGCCCUGACCAGGAGCCAAAUUCAGACGUAGAAAUUAACUUUUCUGUGUCCCUGGUGCAGGCUGUUGAUUUCAUGGUACAGUGCAACAAGCAAUGCAAACAGUAGUGUUUAGUUUAUUGUCUGUAAUGACUGUCUUUGCUCAUGUACUCACUCAGCUGUAAUAAUUGCUGCUCUUAUGUCUUGUUGUACCAUUUUAUUUGAAAGACUACACACAUCACACUGUAUGUACUGCAUUUGUAGCUAAUAUGUUUUUUUGCAUGAUACGUUUUUCUUUAUAUUGCCAAUAUAUACUAUUUAACUGGUGGUUUUAAAGUGCUGUUUAUAAAAACCAAAGACGUUGUGCCAAUACAGUGGAUAUAUUUUGCCGUCUUAGCAUUGACAUUUCUUUCCUGUUUUGCGAUUUAGAAGUUACUUAGCUCUCACAUUUUCCUCAUGUACAUUAUGCUGUGAUUGAAGGAAUUUUUGACAUUUAAUUGUUUUAAUUUGCAAGUCUACACGAUGUAUAAUUUUAAACGUUCACUUUAUAAAGUGGUGAAUUGCUGAA